AUGAGCGAAUGCACUUUGUCCUGGAGCAAACCCAAUAACAACAAAUCAAGGGCGGGGCUCAAUAACGUCACCCUCCACGUCAGUCCCGGGUCAUUGGUCGGCGUCGUCGGGUUCGUGGGCAGCGGCAAGUCGUCUCUCCUUGCUGGGAUCCUUGGCGACAUGCACGUGUCCGGAGGCGCAGUCAAGUGCACGGGCCGAGUGGCCUACGUCCCGCAGAUCGCCAGCGUGCACAACAUGAAUGUGAGAGACAACAUAUUGUACGGUCAACCUAUGGAGGCCAAGGACUACGACCGCGUGCUCGAGGCAUGUCAGCUGCAUGAGGACAUCAGCACAUUCCCGGCCGGAGACCUCACAGUAGUGGGAGAAAAGGGUGAGACUCUUAGCGGCGGGCAGAAGCAGAGGAUCAGCCUGGCGCGCGCGGCCUACAACCAGGCAGACGUCUACCUCCUCGACGAUCCUUUGAGCGCUCUCGACGUUGUCGUCGCGCAGAAGGUCUUCAAGGAAGUGAUUGGCAAGGAGGGCAUCCUCAAGAAGAAGACCCGGAUUAUGGCGUGUAACCAGGGCUCUUUUCUGAGCCAUAUGGACAAGCUGGUCCUUCUUCACAACGGUGGCGCCUCAGUUUAUGACACACUCGUGGAUCUACUUAAAGAUAAUAACGCUCCGGAAACACUUCGGCAUGAAUCCGAGUCGACGCACCGGGAAAAUAGGCUCAUCGAGAAUACGUAA